AUGGUGAAUUUCACAGAGAACGCAACUGUGAAGUGCACUAUUAAUCAUGAUAUCCACCAGAUGUUAUCCCCUGUGGUGUACAUAUUUGUAUUUAUAGUAGGCUUGCCAGCUAACUGCCUGUCACUGUACUAUGGGUAUUUACAGAUCAAGGCUAAAAAUGAACUGGGUAUCUACCUUUGCAAUUUGACCAUAGCAGACCUGCUCUACAUAUUUUCUUUGCCUUUUUGGCUUCAGUAUGUUUUACAGCAUGACAAUUGGACCUAUGAUGAGCUGCUGUGCAAGAUUUGUGGCAUCAUCUUGUAUGAGAAUAUCUAUAUUAGCGUGGGCUUCCUCUGCUGCAUCUCCAUUGAUCGCUAUCUUGCAGUAGUGCACCCUUUUCGGUUUCAGCGGUUUCGGACAAUGAAGGCUGCUGUGAUUGUGAGCAUCAUUAUCUGGACCAAGGAAAUCAUGACAUGUUGCUUUGUCUUUACACAUGGAGAGGUCAGUAUGGAUGCUGAUAGCCAUGUGGUGUGCUUUGAGCAUUACCCGAUCAAAGAAUGGGAGCAUAAUGUCAAUUACUACCGCUUCUCUGCUGGCUUUCUUUUCCCCUUCUUCCUGCUGGCCUUCUCUUACUGUGGGAUUUUACGAGUUGUCCACAAGAGUCCUGGCACUCAAAAGAAGAAGAAAAUCCAAAUUAAACGACUGGUUUCAAGCACCGUUUUCAUUUUUUUAGUUUGCUUUGGACCAUACCACAUCCUACUUGUGGUUCGCAGCUUGUUGGAGAACACUUGCUCGUUUGCUGAGAAAAUAUUUAAUAUUUAUCAUGUUUCCCUCCUGUUGACUACUUUUAACUGUGUUGCUGAUCCAGUAUUGUACUGUUUUUCCAGUGAAAGCACUUACCAGAACUUUGCCAAGAUGCGAGACUCUUGUUUAACGUGUUUAGGGUGUCUGAGGCCUGAGACAAAGGAAUCCUAUCCGCUGAACACAUCAGAACCUCCCAACAGGCCACAGCAUGAGCAACUACCACAGUUAUUACAAAUAUCACCUGAUGGUGCUGAAAUCAAGGACUCAUCCACAACUAACAUGGGCAGCCUAUAG